GGCAACCAUGCCAACCUGUACGGACAAUCCAUCUGAGUACUCUAAAGACCAAUUGAGAAAUCUGUUAAUUUCACAUAAUGUACUUCUGCCUCAGGGUGAUCAGAGAAAAGCAGUCUAUUUGCAGCUCUACCUCAAGCAUAUUCUCCCUAAAGAAAAGGAAUCUGCUGACUUUUCAAGCGAUGAUGAGGACAUGUUAUCAGAGAAUGAUCUUCUGCCUGUUUGGGACCACGAGGAAAAGAGCAGUGACAAGAUGGACUUAAAAAGCUUGAGUGACAGUGAGCUAAAGGAACAGCUGAAGAAACAUGGGGUCAACCCGGGACCCAUCUUACCCACCACCAGGACCAUUUAUGAAAAGAAGUUACAGAAACUACUUGAAGAAAACCAGGUGAAAGAAAAUGGAGGUGGACGUGAGGACCAGUAUUCAGACAAUGAAGAUGAAGGUUUUCAGGUGAAGAAUCUGAUGGACAUGAGAUGUGAGCUGAAUGGGGAAAAAUCAUCUGGAUUUGACAGCUGCAGCCAAAAAAAUAUCCCUGCAUGCCUUGCAGCCGAAUUUAAUCAGAACCUUGCAACACUAGGAGAUGAUUUCAGCGUUACAAAAAUGUUAAAACAGAUGGAGAGAAGGUCGUCUUUCAGCCAGACAGCAAGUUACAGAAAUGGACAGGAAAGCAAGACUUUGAUAUCCAGUUCUCAGCCUAAUGACACCUCUCCUGAUGACUUCUCUGAUCUGAUGUCCCAGUCUACCCUAGGAAUGAGUGCUACACGAAGGAAGCCUAUAAAAGGGGCCGCUGGCCGUCCCAUUCAGUUUCGAUAUGAUGAUAUUGCAACUAGAGCCAGGAUGCAGGAGCAGUCUAAAGAGACAGUAACGGAGGGAAAACCGCAACGCUUGGUAUCUGUACGUCUUCAGAUUGUUCUCUUCAUCAUAGUAGCCUUUAUUGCCCUUGUCUAUAUCACGAUGGAGCGCAGCCCAGAAAAUCCUUUUGGUUCUGUCACAGAAGACCUUGCUGAAGGACGCCAACCCUAGGGUAAAAUGUACAUGUAAUAGGUUCUGUUCUUUCUGAGGAACAGGGUUUGAAGGUUUUGGAGCUUUUUUGCAAUACUUGUUUUGUUCAGUUUGGAUAAUGUUUUCUUGUAAAUUGGUGGCAUAUUUUUAGCAGCAGUUACUGUCUGAUCAAUGCUAAGCCUCCUCACCAGGUCUGCUGUCAUAUAUGGAUCACUGAAUUAUUUUAGUGAAGUGCGCUUUGAAUGUUUCAGAGAUGCUGUUCUGUAAUAAUGGCUUUGACUUAAAGGACAGUUCCAGGGAGAUUCUAGAGCCCUGCCAAUUCUUAAUACAGUCUAGACAAUAAAGGUAUGUGGUUUCCAAGAUAUAACUAGUGAUAAGCGUGGCUUCUGUUUCUUUCUGUAUAUUGGUUGCAUAUAUGUCAACAACUGCUAAUAAUAUAAAACAACACUAAUGUGAUUGUCACUGGUUUUAAAAAUAAAAAAAAUACCUUGAUUGCUGUGAUUUCUAAAUGGUAAGACCUGAUAUUGCGUCUUUAAAGGGGUUGUUUCACUAAGGCGACUUAUCCCGUAUCCACAGAAUAGGUGACAACUGUCUGAUUGCUGGGCCCUGGGGUCCAACCACUGGGGGGGCCCAUGCUUCCUGCUCAACUGGAGCGUCAGACAUACAUGCGCGCAGCUGCUCCAUUCAUGUCUGCCGAGCACUUGUACUUGCCGACCUCCAGCAGUUUUAUACAGCUGAAUGGAGCGGUAGACACUCGUGCGUAUCUGCCGCUCCAUUCAAAAGGGGAGCACAGGCCCCCUUUCUCGUUAAUGGCAGGGUCCACAGCAAUCUGACUCCCGUGGUGGAUCCCCUAUGAAUAGGGGGUUAGUCUUGUCUUAUUGAGACAAUCCCUUUUAAUACUGUCUUCCACAUCCUCUUAACUUUUAAAUGGAAGAUAUUUGUAGCAAGUCAUAGCUGUGAUAAACAAGGUUCAAUUCAAUGAAAGGUUACCGUUGCUUUAAUGCUUGACCCAUUCAGCAUUCACAGUUUCUGCAUGGCAGUGUUAUGCAAUACAGCACAGUUACAGAGGUGAAGACCGGUAGAUGUGUUCACAGUUCUUUUGGGGAUCAGUUCUUUGCUGCUAAUUUGGAUUGUUGUGCACUGUUUUUAAGCCACUGGGUUUGUGUUUUUCCUCCCAAAGCAGUUUUGGCUUGUUAUAUUCAUGUUAAGUUAUUUUUAUCUGUGUUUAAAUAAAGCUGUG